AAAAAAAAAAAAAAAAGCUUAUUUUUAUUUUUGCAAAAUUUGGCUCUAAAUUUACAUCUCUGUCUUAAACCCUGGCUUUUCUGUACUCCAAUCUUGCGUUCUUUGGUUUAGAUUAUCUGGUUACGAUCCAGUUGAACAGGUAUUCUCUUGGAGAAGAUCAAGAUGGGUUCAGCUGAGGCCGAUUUCGAUGAUCUUUUUGUGGAGAAGAAACGGGUUAGGAACCCUUUUGUUCCCCUUGGGGCAUUUUUGACUGCGGGGGUGCUCACAGCUGGGUUAAUAAGCUUCAAGCGAGGCAAUUCCCAGUUGGGUCAGAAGCUUAUGAGAGCUCGUGUGGUUGUCCAAGGUGGUACGGUGGCGCUUAUGGUUGGCACUGCUUACUACUAUGGAGAUAAUCCUUGGCAAUCAAAGUAAACUACCAAAAUUCUUUUGGCACAUGUCUUUAUUACUUUGAAUAUACUGCAGUUUUCUAAUUGUGAAGGUAUUCAAUUUGUUUGUACCUACUGUUUUUGCUUGGAAAAAAAUAUACAUAUAUAUUUAUAGGCAUAGGCUAUUCUCCUAAUAGAAUAAUGUUAGUCAUUGCAGAUAGUAUAAUGGCUUGUGCUUGUGGUAAUGCCACAUUAUAUAAUAAUGAAGUGCAAAUUUUCUUAUAACAA